GGCAGCCGGGCGGCUCUGUGAGCGGGCGCAUGAUUGGCCGAGCCUUUGUCCAUCAAGCCGCGGGGGCCGGGCCAGCGGCGGGGUGACGGGCCGAGCGGCAGCAAUGGCGCGGCCGAGCUGGGUGGCUGUGAUUCUCCUGCUGACGGCGCCGGGUUUGGCCGCGGUUCGCUUCGCCAGCCUGUCGCACCUGGUGCCGGCCGCGAGUGACCAGGUGCAGUCGGAGGCAGCGCAGCAGCUGUGCCGCCGGCUGCUCGGGCCCCGGGCCGAUGACUUCGUGCUGACAGUCAGGCAGCGGCGGCCGGAGGGAGCCGACGCCACGGCCCCGGCCUUCGAGUUGAGCUCGCUGCCCGACGGCCGGGUCCAGGUGCUGGGCACCACGGGCGCGGCGGCAGCCAGCGGCCUGUACUGGUACCUGCGGGCUUUCUGUGGCUGCCAUGUCUCCUGGUCCGGACGGCAGCUCCGGCUGCCCCAGCCGCUGCCACGGCUCCCCCGGGUGUUGAAAAUCACCGCGCCUGACAGGUUCCAUUAUUACCAGAAUGUUUGCUCGUACAGCUAUUCCUUUGUUUGGUGGGACUGGGACCGAUGGGAGAGAGAGAUUGACUGGAUGGCAUUAAGUGGCAUUAAUCUUGCUUUGGCGUUUACUGGCCAAGAAGCCAUAUGGCAAAGAGUAUAUCUUUCACUUGGACUCACUCAAGCUGAAAUCAACGACUAUUUUGUUGGGCCUGCAUAUCUUGCGUGGGCCCGGAUGGGCAAUAUGCACAGCUGGGCAGGGCCGUUGUCAGAUUCCUGGCAUAAAAAUCAGUUAAAUCUCCAGCAUCAGAUCCUGCAGCGAAUGAGAUCAUUGGGAAUGUUGCCAGUGCUUCCUGCCUUCGCUGGGUUUGUCCCUGCUUCCUUCCUCAGAUUAUUUCCAAAAGAAAUCUUCACAACGCUUGGGAGCUGGGGGCAUUUGAACUGUACGUACUCCUGCUCCUAUCUGCUGGACCCAGAAUCAGCCGUUUUCAAACAAGUUGGCAAGAUGUUCCUGUUGGAGCUGAUUAAGGAGUUUGGCACCGACCAUAUUUACAGUGCAGAUGUGUUCAAUGAAAUGACACCACAAUCAUCAGAUCCUCAAUAUUUAUCUUCCAUCAGCAAUGCAGUCUUCAAGUCAAUGACACAAGUGGACCCUUCGGCAAUAUGGCUUAUGCAAGGAUGGCUUUUUCUGAAUAGGCAGUCGUUUUGGGGGCCGACCCAGGUGAAGGCUUUGUUGCAUGGAGUGCCCUUGGGGCGGAUGAUUAUUCUGGAUUUGUUUGCUGAGAGCAAGGCAGCCUACUCACUCACCGAGUCGUUCUAUGGACAGCCGUUCAUCUGGUGCAUGCUACAUAACUUUGGUGGCAACACAGGGAUGUAUGGAAUGGUGGAAAGCAUCAAUAGAGGCCCUUUCAAAGCCAGGGCUUUUCCAAAUUCCACCAUGGUGGGGACUGGAAUAACUCCAGAGGGAAUUGAACAGAACGACGUGGUGUAUGAGCUGAUGAAUGAAAUCAGCUGGUGUCAAAAGCCGUUAAAUCUCACCGAGUGGGCCAUGUCCUACGCUCGGAGACGGUACGGAAAGAGGAAUGACGCUGCGGCAGCUGCCUGGCUGCUCUUAUUCCGAAGUGUUUACAAUAACACUUCCUACAUGCAAAACCACAACAGGAGUCCAUUAGUUCACAGGCCCUCUCUGAAACUGCGUACAGCACUGUGGUAUAACAAGACUGAUGUUUACGAAGCGUGGAAUCGAAUGCAAAAAGCUGUUUCUGAACUGAACUCCAGUGAUACCUUCAGAUAUGACCUUGUUGAUCUAACGAGGCAGUCGGUGCAACUUCUAGCAUCAGAGUUUUACGAAGACAUCAAGAAGGCUUUUUCGCAAUAUUCAAUUGUGGAGCUGUGGGCUGCGGGAGACACUUUAGUUCAUGGACUGCUCCGCGAUCUUGAUAGCCUCUUGACCAGUGACGGCCAGUUUUUACUGGGCCAUUGGAUAGAAACAGCUCGGUCCUUGGCAGCAACUGAAAAGGAAGCGAACCUGUACGAAUUCAAUGCCCGGAGUCAGAUUACUCUUUGGGGGCCAGAUGGGAAUCUUUUGGAUUAUGCUAACAAGCAGUGGGGAGGUCUGGUUAAGGAUUACUACGCAGCCCGCUGGGAACUCUUCGUGUCAACACUGAUCAGGUGUCUUAAAAUGAAAAUUCCAUUCAGUCAAGCCCAUUUUGACCAAGUGGUCUUUGAAGUAGAACAAAACUUUAUCGUAAAUAAAGUGAAAUACCCAGAUAAACCCAUAGGAAAUACCAUUGAGAUUGCAAACAAAAUCUUUCUGCAAUAUUAUCCCCAAGCAAUGAAAAGGAAUAAUUAACAACAAAUUUGAUUUUGACCGCAAUAAUGUUCUGUAAGGAUUAACCUGAAAGUGAUUUCUUUGCUUGGCUGUGAUGUGAUUGACAGGAUAUACAGAGCAACUUCCAGCUCAAAUGGGUGUCAGACAGAAAUGUUAAUACCCAUUCCAUAAACCCGGCGUAUAAUAGUUAAAUUUUGUAAUAUUUCUUCAAAGGGUUAGCACUUUAGUUCUGUAGCCAUGAAAUGGCUCCAUGCCCUCUGCACUUUAUAGAAUUUGUUGCUCCUUUCUGAGUACUGUCAACAUCAGAGGGGCUUUCUCUAACAAAGGUUUCUUGUUGUGCUUCUUGGAUCAUUACUGUCUCCCUGAAACCCUGGGAUAAGUGAGCUGUGCCUAAGCAGAAGAGACAUGCGGAGAAUGUAGAAACCAUUUCAUACCAUCUAAGUACACAGCACAGAAAGCUAAGAAUAAAUAGGCCCCGUCAAAACUGAUUAUCAUCAGGGGUAUAGUCCUUCACACUAACUCUCUGAGGUGUUAGAUCUGCAGAUGUUGACAGACUGGGAGAUAGAACCCACACACAGAGUCCAUUUGCUUUACGGUCAUUUAAUCCAUUGAUUACUCUUCGUGUAUGUAAGAUAUAUGAUAUGAGUAGUCUUUGCCAACCGUACUACAAAACAGUAAUCAGCCUCAGAACAAUAGCCACAGUCCCUCUGUAAGUAUCAUAUAUAGAAAUCCCACUGGAAUACCACAGUCUACCAUCAGAACUAAGAAUUCAGAUGAAUUCUCCCAAAAUUCAGCUUUUUGAUGAACUUGUUUUAACCACCUGGAACAAACUUGGUGUUUGGAUCGAAAACGUGCUGUUUGCUUACAGUCUCAGGUCAAUCAUCUCCAGUCAGGGUCUGGUUGAUGGAGGCUAACUCGUUAACGCUGGAGAACAAUGCUGCACUCUCUCCAAACUACUGUGUGUAAGUCACUAGUUGUCUGAAUGAGGUGGGGCAAAGCGCCUUUCCUUUUAGGUGUAGCUUUCUGAAAGCUGAGCUGUUCCAUUCAGUAUUUACUCCAUACCAAAUGUCGAGGGAGAAAACUCCUUUCCUUUUUGGUGUAGCUUUCUGAAAGCUGAGCUGUUCCAUUCAGUAUUUACUCCAUACCAAAUGUCGAGGGAGAAAACUCCUUUCCUUUUUGGUGUAGCUUUCUGAAAGCUGAGCUGUUCCAUUCAGUAUUUACUCCAUACCAAAUGUCGAGGGAGAAAACUCCUUUCCUUUUUGGUGUAGCUUUCUGAAAGCUGAGCUGUUCCAUUCAGUAUUUACUCCAUACCAAAUGUCGAGGGAGAAAACUCCUUUCCUUUUUGGUGUAGCUUUUUGUCAGUGUUUACUUCUGUAUCAAAUAGAAAUGGUAUUGAGGGUGCCAAAAACUGGUUUACAAACACAAUAUAAUCCCCUGACAAUAUGUAGCUGACUUUGUGUUCCCUUAUAGCUUGCCUUUGAAUUUCGGACGUGGUUAGUAAGUCACUGAAAUUGAUGGUGUCAUAAGACAGUGAAGGAAAUUUAUCAGAAUUACUGGGAAAUCUUGACCAGAUAGAGAAGUGGACUGAGGAAUCGUAAAUGGUGUUCUAUCCAGAUAAGUGCAAGAACAUCUCUGGUUCCUCUCCUCCUUUCUCCAUUCUUCCAGUGUCUCUCCUGUGAGAUUUCCCUAGGGAAGAUGUCCCCUAUGAAGAUGUGUAGAAUCAGGAGGGGCUUGGAUGCAGAAUUCCCCAGGGAAGAGGAGUGGACACAAGGCCAGGGGUUUAAGGUGAGAGGGGGAAGAUUUAGGAGGGACCUCAGGGGCAACUACUUUGUGCAGAGGGCAGUCCAUGUUUGAAAGAAACUUGCCAAACAAGGUGGCUGAAGCAGGUACAAUAACAACUUUUUAGGAAGGCAUAUGUACAGUUGUGUGAACAGGAACACUUUGGCGGGAUAUGGGCCAAAGGUGGCCAAGUGGGAUUAAUGUAGACGAGUAUCUCAGUCCGUGUGGACAAUUUAACCCAAGGACCUGUUUCCAGGUAGGUUGAGCUCGGAUGAAAAUCUCAGUCAUUGUGGACAAUUUGGUCCUAAGGCCGUGUUGUAUCUUCCCACAGAACAUUCACAGUAAACGUGUCUACCUCAAUCAGAAAGGCAAUCAUUAUUUAGAUUUCCCUUGAAGUGUGUAACUCUAACUGUUCAAGUCCACUCUAUAUCGAUAGACAACCUGAGGACAUUGAGUCGAGUGGCUGCGACUAACAACACUCUCCAGACUGUGCUUUAGUGAUCCACUCAGGUCUUGCUGCCAUAACUGAUCACUUUGAAGCCUUGUGCAUGCUUGUGAAGCAUUGUUUUAAAAAAAAAUGAUUUAUUUUUGAAAUGAAUGCGGAUGAAUUUGAAUAAUGAUGUCCUUUUUAGGACAUGUGGAACUGCAGCCAAUAAAAUACCAGGAAUCUUUUAAAUCUGCUGUUUUAUAUGGUGCUGGUCUUUUUCCCAGAGUUAUGCCAUGUUCAAAGUAAAUUUAUUUUCAAAGUA